AUGUCAAUAACAGGUCAACGUCAUGCUUAUAAAGCAGUGUACAAAUGUGGCUUUUCCCGAGAAGGUCCUCUUCGAGCAUUAGAUCUACGGGUGUAUAGCAAUGGUGGUUGUUCGCUUGAUACAUCGAUACCUAUACUGGAGCGCACUUUAUUACAUUGUGAUAAUAUUUAUCAGUUUCACAAUAUGAAAUUAUCUGGCCGAGUUUGUAAAAUAAAUUUACCGUCGAAUACCGGAAUGCGUGGCUUUGGUGGUCCCCAAGGACUGAUGAUUUGUGAAAUUAUUCUUGAUCAAGUUGCAUCCUAUGUCAAUAUUGAACCAUCUCUAAUUCGUCAGAGAAAUCUAUAUAAAGAAAAUGAACAAACAUAUUUUAAACAGAGAUUGAGAAACUGGAAUAUACCAAAAAUGUGGAAUCAGUUAUUGGAAACAGCCAGUUAUCAACAAAGUUUGACGGAAAUUGAAAUAUUCAAUCGGAAUAGUUUGUAUCAUAAACGUGGAAUAUCAGUAAUUGGUACAAAGUUUGAUAUUGGCUUUCAUUCGGCAAAGUUUCUUCAUCAGGCAGGUGCUCUUAUUCACUUAUACAAAGAUGGAAGUAUUUUGUUAACACAUGGGGGCGUUGAAAUGGGUCAAUCUUUACAUACGAAAAUGAUUCAAAUUUGUGCAGAAUUGUUAAAGAUUGAUAUGUCAUUGAUACGCAUUAGUGAAACAUCAACAGAUAAAAUUCCAAACACAAGUCCAACAGCGGCAUCAUUAUCAUCAGAUUUAUAUGGUAUGGCCAUUUCAAAUGCGUGUCAACAAUUAAAUGAACGUCUUCAACCUCUGAGAGACAAGCAUCCAACAUCGAACUGGUCUGAAUUAAUUGAAAAUGCCUACUAUAACAGAAUCAAUUUAUCUGCACAAGGGUUCUAUUCAACCCCGAAUAUUGUCACUAAUUUUGAUCAAAAUCAUGCUGAAUUUAAUUAUUUUACACAAGGUGUGGGAUGUUCAGAAGUUGAAGUCGAUUGCUUGACUGGCGAUUUCAUUACUCUGAGAACAGACAUAUUGAUGGAUCUCGGUCAAUCAUUAAAUCCCAAAAUCGAUAUUGAACAGAUUGAAGUGCCAACAAUAGUUUUCAAAAUAGCGAUGAUGUUCGGUACACUUGGCGUUUCAGCGGUUAAUAAAUGUUCCAAACAAACAAUAGUGGCUUUUCGUAGUGGUCGUCGACGAACGUAG